CAGCGGAAGCAGUUGCACUGGUUUCGUUUCCGAUUGACCUAGUUAGCUUCCCUUUUAGCAUCAGCUAGUAAUCUUUAUGCCAAAACAAUGGAAAAGACCGCUUUAAUAUUGUCGUUUGGCAUUUUUGAUGUCUAGUUUUUGAAUGUUUACUCAAUAAGUAAGAAGAACAAAAACUUUUCUCCCUUGGCUCCCCCGGGUUCUCCAUUAAAGCUUCAUUUUGAUGUUUAGUGAGUCAGGCCGUGAUUCUUCAGCCCCAUGUCUGCUGAGGCGUCAGUUGGCAGUCAUGCUGCUGACUCUGCCCAGCCUGCCAUCUCCCAGCCCGCCUUCCACAACACAGACGAGCUCCAAAACCGAGGUUUGCUGGGAAGCAAGUACGUUAAAUUAAAUGUUGGCGGCUCACUGCAUUAUACAACCGUCCAGACUCUAAGUAAGGAGGACAGUCUGCUAAGGAGCAUCUGUAAUGGCGGCACCGAGGUCACCAUCGACUCAGAAGGCUGGGUCGUCUUGGAUCGGUCUGGCCGUCAUUUUGGCCUGGUUCUGAACUUCUUGCGCGAUGGCUCAGUACCACUUCCAGAAGACCACAGAGAGCUGGAGGAGGUUCUCAAGGAGGCCCAGUACUACCGGGUCCAGGGCCUCGUCCAGCACUGCCUCAGUGCCAUGCAGAAACAGAAAGAUGUCUUUGAGAGUGUUUGUCGCAUCCCCAUGAUCACCUCAGCCAAAGAAGAACAGAAGAUGAUUGCCACCUGUAGAAAGCCAGUAGUGAAGUUGCAGAACAAUAGAGGAAACAACAAAUACUCCUACACCAGUAACUCUGAUGACAACCUGCUGAAGAACAUCGAACUCUUUGACAAACUCGUGCUGCGGUUCAAUGGUCGGGUCUUGUUUGUAAAAGACGUGCUGGGUGAUGAGAUCUGCUGCUGGUCGUUCUACGGCGAAGGACGAAAGAUUGCAGAAGUUUGUUGCACUUCCAUCGUCUACGCUACGGAGAAGAAGCAGACCAAAGUGGAGUUUCCCGAGGCCAGAAUCUUUGAAGAAACCCUCAACAUCCUCAUCUAUGAGAACAGCAGAGGAUCAGGCGGCUUACACCUUCUGGAUUCAAGAGGCUCCGGGGCCUCACUGGGAGCCGGCCAAUCAGAAGAGGAGGGCGCUGUGGGAGGCGACAGGCGAGUACGAAGAAUCCACGUAAGGAGGCAUAUAAUGCACGAUGAAAGAGGGCACGGUCAGCAGACUGUAUAUAAAGACUAAAAAUGUGAAAAUCAGACAGAGUGAAUUCAGGUGUCUGUGGAUGAUAACUGAGUGAGAGAGAUGUCUGUGAUCAUAGCAACAGCUUCAUAGUUGCUUGUUUUGUUAGCUGAUGAGUAACUGAGGAAAGUCUAAGUUUCUGUUUACAAGAAAAGAGUAGUGUAUAUAUUUUAACAAGGAUCUUUGUAAAUUCACUGGGGAACUAGAACUGGCAUAGGUCUAACUUUUCUAAUGUUAAGGAACAUCCUGCAGGUUACUGAUCUCGCCUCAGAAAAGUGAACCUCCACCCUGUAGGUGGAUUUUAUUCCUGGAGUAGGAUGCCAACUUUACUGUGGGCGUUCAUGAAAUGCACUGGUGACCUCCUCUGUGUUUGACUUUAGGAAAACACUGUGUCCAUUUAUUUAUUCUGGUUGUUAAAGAUCUUUUGCCUUUCCUAUGUUGGAUAGAGGACGGUCAGGUUAAGUUUAGAUACGUAAACACUGGAAUAAAACUCAAUAGACAUUGUUAAGUCUCAUUUAUACUUCUGCAUCGAGUCUACGCUGUAGCGUACGUCAUUCACAGCUGUGAUUGGUCCACUGGCUAGCAUGGUGUGAGUGCCAGUCUCUUUAGUAAUGUCUACAGGAACACUGGGCCUCAUUCACUAAUACCUUUUUCUGACUUUUUUCCUUAAAGUUUUUAAGAGAAACCUCCAUCUGUUUCUCCCCUCUCUUGGAGGAGAGACUCUCAGUUUCAGUCACCAUUGUUUCCUCUACACAAGCAGAGAACAUGGCAGAACUGGGAUAGAAAUUACACUGCUGACUAGUGUUUAGGUGGAGUAUUUCAGGGCCAUGCAGACACCAAAACACAAGUUGUUUUUUUUUUUUUUUUAAGAUUUAUUUUUGGGCCUUUAUUAGGUAGAGGAGGACAGUGGAUAGAAUCGGAAACAGGGUCAAGAGUGGGGGAGAGACAUGCGGUAAAGGGCCUCAGGCCGGAUUCGAACCCAGGCCGCCCGCGUAUAUGGGGAGCACCUUUAACCACUAGGCCACCUGCUCCCCACCAAAACACAAGUUUAUCAUGUUCAUGGCACCACAGCCGCAGCGUAGAUCGACACAGAGGUAUAAACCAGGCUUUAGAGAGAGGCUGUGGAUGAUUGAGAUUGUUGAGCAGCUCAGUUUUCUUUGUUUAAAUUAUUACUGCUGUUGCUUAAAGAUGUUUUUUAUUAAUUUAUGAACCUAAUUUAUUGUUGGUAUUUAAUGUAUGCAAUCUUUGUGUUAACUGGUCCUUAAGUUAGUUUUAAUUUUUUGGAAUGAUACGAUGCACUCAAAAGCACACAUCACAUUUUGAAUUUUUACCUCUAAAUGAGUAAAAGUGAACUUUCAUUUUGGUUUAAUGUUUCAAGAGAAACCGUGAUCAUUUCUUUAAUGUUGCAUUUUAUUCUGAGCCAUUAUUUCUGACUCUUACUUAAUGUCUUACACCCUAAAAUCCUGAUAUUUUCCCUCAAUAAUCAACUGAUGAUACAGCGUUAAAUCCUGGGUCAUGUUUAUUUCCCCUCAGGGAGAGAAUUUCCUUUCUUAAAUUCACUGGUGUCUUGUGUAAACAGUAACACUCUGUACAAGGUCAAAAUGUCUCACACCUUUAAUGAAACCACCUUGAUGAACCUUUGAAUGCACUAAUUCAACAUCCGUCCUGUAACUGUCAUGGGAAUAUUCUGAAUAAAUCACUUGUG